CUAAAACCAGUCGAGUUUUUGCCUUGCGCUGAUUAACACACAUUUUCGCCCCUAUGCGAGUUGAGCCCACUUUCACACGCGUUUGAAGGCGAGAGUACAAUUUAUCGCGCGGCGCAGCCCUCGAGUUUAGGAAAAGAUUUUUUUUUAUUAUUUGGUUCCUUCAUUGAUUUGAUGAUUUUGGAAUAACACAGAGGAAAAAAAAGUCCUGCACGCAAACGCCGGUUCUCGGUGAUCUCGAUCUCUCGUGUGUUUGUUGUGAAGAAGAAUCAACUUCUGCGUGACACGGAAGAGGAGGAGAAACAAAAAACAAGUGAAUAACUGAUUCGGAAGUGAAGUGACGAUUCGCGCAAAACGUCCGUAUGUGAGCGCGCGUGAAUACACGCGAGUUUUUGGUGGUGAAGAUUUGGAUUUUGGUUUUUAUUCGCGCUCCGUUGGGUUUGGAGAACCCGGAAUAGAACACAGAAAAACGGUGAAGAGCGCAUUUUGAGCGUUCGGUCGAUCGACAACACACCCGCGCACACAUCUUCGGUCGGUCAUUCUUUCCGUUUAUCCGUUUUUUUUUUUGGUAUUUGAGUCAUCGGUGUCUGUUGUUAUGCGAAUUAUUUUUUUCGCUAUAUACCACAUAAAAAAGGCCCCCUUCACACAGAGCCACCCCCGCGUUUCCGCAACGGGAUUGUUGUGAAAUUCGUCGUACGUGAGUGCUUGCGGCGGCAGCGGCAGCAGCAGUCUUUUUUCGAAAGCGACUUUUGCUUCGGUUUUUUUUGGGUUGAGAGAACGACAACUGAGAAAAUUUAAACAUCUGAAGGGAUACACCAAAAGGAGAUUCGCUCGGUGAAUGCAUGUGUGUAGUAAAGAAAAAAAAAUAGGAACAAGUGCUGACCCAUUCCAGCAGUUUAUCCUGCCAAAAUAAACAACUGUAAACUUCAAAGUGAUAAGAGGGGAAGUGAACAGCAGCAAACUGUGGCUAAAGUAUUGAUGUGGUUAGUGAGAGGGAAGAUCCGUGCAAAGUUGCGUGCCUUAUCGUAGAAUUUUUGACAAUCACUGUACAGGAGUGAGUACAGGUUCUCUGCCGAGCGGGAGAACCAAUCGUAGCGUGAACGAUUUUUUUUUCGCUCAGUCCGUCGAAAAACGGCCCCAAAAUUCUCUCCCUACAACAUCAUCACCAUCACCACCCCCCAACCAGCACCCUGGAGGGUAGAACAAUCGAGUACCGGCCCGGCGGCGGGCUGGACUACCAUAAUUCACCGCUAAUGGCCGAGAUCCCCACCGGGGAUUACAGCCACAUCCAUCGGUCCAUCGACCAGCUCCGCUCGAUGAACGAACGGGGCGUGCUGGGUCAGCUGAACGCACUGUCCGCGGCCAACUCCACCGAUCUCCGGUCGGCGAUUGUCCACGACUACAAACCGUACAUCAACGAUCUGCGGCAGCAGCAGAACGAUCGGAUCGACUAUGCCGCCAUGGUACACAAACAGGCCCUGGACGAGCAGCGAGCCGCGGCUAACAACAACAACAACUCGGACACCGAAAUGCGCCACCCGGAGGACCAGAAACCCCACUACAGUGCCCCAUCGACCCCGCCGACGCCCCUGUCGAUCACCGAUGCGCAGAUGAACGAGUCCAAGAGAUACGGAAUGAAGACGAGCCGCAAUCGGAAGAUUUUCGCCAACAAAAACGAACUCCAGCUGCACGGUGGCCAGCUGCACAUGCGCGAAACCAAACCGUACAAAUGCUCCCAAUGUACAAAGGCGUUUGCCAACUCGAGCUACCUGUCCCAGCACACGCGGAUACAUCUCGGCAUCAAGCCGUACCGGUGCGAGAUCUGCCAGCGGAAGUUCACCCAACUGUCCCAUCUCCAGCAGCACAUACGAACCCACACCGGCGACAAACCGUACAAAUGUCGACACCCGGGCUGUCCCAAAGCCUUUUCCCAGCUCUCGAACCUGCAGUCUCACUCGCGGUGCCAUCAGACCGACAAACCGUACAAAUGCAACUCCUGCUACAAGUGCUUCACCGACGAGGCGUCCCUGCUGGAGCACAUACCAAAGCACAAAGAUUCGAAGCACCUGAAGACCCACAUCUGCCAGCUGUGCGGCAAAUCGUACACUCAGGAGACCUACCUCGCGAAACACAUGCAGAAGCACGCCGAGAAGGAGGAGAAACGCCGGAAUCGGGGCAACAAUAGUAAUAACAAUAACAACAACAAUAACGCGGCAGCCGCAGCAACUGGAAUCUCUGCAGCCGACGCUGCCGCCGGUUUGGCAGGACUGGCGGGUCUAGGUCUCAACCGGAUGGGCGGUAUGGUUGGGAACGCGGCGGCUGCCGCGACUCUAGUGGGUGUGGCCGCCGGCGGUGAGCAUCCCUACUGGCCCAAAGUCAGUCCCGACUCGGCAGCAUCGCUAGCGGAAGCUAUGCAGCAGCAACAGCAAUACGACUUUGCCAUCCAACAGCAGCAACAACAGCAGCAGCAACAACAACAACAGCAGCAGCAUGGUGGCAGCAGUGGAGCUGGUGGAGGCGGUGGAAACAGCAAUAAUUCUGGGAAUGAUCAUCAUCGUAAUCUGAACGGUGGUAGCUCCGGUAAUUCGGACGAUGUGGGCGAAGACCUGGUGGUAAUUCGACAGAAUUCCCAACAACAACAGCAACAGCAGCAACAACAACAACAGCAACACGUCAACAACCAGACGCCAACCUCAUCUGCGGCGGCAAAUGUUGUGGUCACGAGCGGUUCGUACGAUGCGUCGAGUGUCACGAAAACGACCACCAACUCCGCAUUCACCCCAAUCAACGCAAUGCCUCCGCACCUCAACACGCUGGCAGCAGCCCACCAUCACCAGCAGCUUGCGGCAGCGCAGCGGCCUUCCUACCUGUACGAUGCUAUCAAUUUCCAGAAUCAGAAAACGAUUCAGCAGACGGCGGCCGCCGGUGGUAAUGCCUCCGGAAGCAGCUUCCCCAACCAGCUUAUCUCGCUGCAUCAGAUCCGGAAUUAUGCCCACCAGCCCACGAGUGGGCUGAUAGCGGGCGAGCACCUGCUCAUGGGCGGCGUCGGGAAGACGGAGAAGCAAUAGAAGAAGGGUCGGCUUGCGGUUCGAGUUUUCGUCUAAGUUUUACAGGGUUUACUUAGGGUUAUAAAAGUUUCAAGAAUAAUGAGAAGUGUACAGAAUUAAUUAGAAUUGAAACAAGCACGUGGGGUGUCAUCACGGGAAGUGAAAUUCUGCGGAUGGCGAGACGACGGUGAACUAUUCGACGAUCGUGGUGUGCUUCUUCGAUGCCCGUGAGUACACAACCUGUAUAUAGCUAACUUUAAGUUGAAAGUGAUCGUUAUAAUUGCCGGAAGGCAACUGCAAUAUCAUGUGUAAGUUUGGUGCGUCCAAGAAUGUCAUUUAAAUAUGCAAUAGACACAGACAACUGUUGAUAUUUCAGUUCUCUUCAGCAACACUAUAUUAUGUAUUGCAAGUUCACCCUCCGCUGGCCAUCCCAUAAUUUGGCAGCAGAACAAAUUUCAACCCGGCAAAUUCUGUAAAGAUUACAUGGCAAUCGAAUUAUGAAAACAACACAAAACUGGUCAACGAAAAAUUAAGUAGUAAAACGGGGGACACCAAAGGUGUCCCAAACCCGGCAAACUGUAAUAAUACACGAAGAAAUAACAAAUCAAACGUUACCCAUAACACAAGAUCACUAACACACAAACAAAUGAAGGCAUCAAUUAAUGAACAAAGUAAUCGUUUUCAAUGAUGCAACCAUUUUCUUACUACUAUCAAAUGAAGAUCUCGGUGAUUUUAGCGUUUAAGGUUAUACCACCAUCACCCAUAUUACCGCAAGAAGCACACGCAAAUGCAAAAAAACAUUACCGCUCUUCAGCUAAUCUCAAAAUCCACAAAAAACAAAAACAAAAGCUAAGAAGAGCAACACAAGUGGAAAAAUGUAUAUAACAAACGACAAAAACGCGUACAUGUGUGACUGUCACGAAAAACAAUGGAAAACAAAUCUUAAGCACACUCGGAAAGAGUGCCCGAUAAACUUUUCGAAAUUC